AUGAGCACUAUCAAACCUAAAGAAGUAGCCAAUGACUCAGAGCCAGUCGAUGAUGGUACCAGAGAGUUGAGGUUACACCACCCACAAAAUAAAUCAGAUAUGGAUGUAACGUAUGGUAAUGAUAACAAUGAGGAUGAGAAUGUCCCGGACGGGCAUGAUCCAGAAGAAGAAGAAAAUGACGAAGAUGAUGAAAAUGACGAAGAUGACGAGGAUGACGAGGAUGACGAAGAGGAGAAAAACAACGGCAAUGGUUCAGAUAGCUCAGGAGAUUCAAUAAUAGAAACUGAUCCCUUUGACUAUGACAAAAGUAAACAGAUCAAACUCAUUGAGCUAGAUGAGAAACUAAAGGCAAAAUUAGAUGAGGGAGUUGAUACUCUGGUGGAAGCAUGUCCAAAAGGCCUUGAUUCGAUUGUUCAGCACUUUACUUUUCAAAUUGCAAAUAUUGAAAGUAUGCUGGCCCAGCCCGACACUUAUUUGAGUGAGCCAGUUCAAAUAGGUGGUUACAGAUUCAACCUUAUGAUCGUGGUUAGGAAAGGACAAGAUCGUAUACUAUCUGCUUAUUUAAAGGGCAGACCAGUUGAUGAAAAGGAAAAUGAAAUAUGGUCCUUCCCUGUACACUUUGCUUUCAAUGUGUGGGAUGCCGAUGACAUCACUUGUCAUAAGGUUAAUUUUUCCAAAUUUAGAUUCAGCCAAAGAGUUGAUGAUUGGGGGUUUGUCAAGUUUCUGGAUUCCAAGUUCCCUACUGAUGAAAAGUUUUUCAGGAAGAAUAAAGUCAAUAUCACAGUUUAUGUUAGAGUUAUCGAUGAUUAUACCAACUGCUUGUAUUCCAAUUAUGUGGAUUAUGAUUCCAAAAAAUCUACAGGAUUUGUUGGGAUUGAAAACCAAGGUGCUACUUGCUACCUAAAUUCGUUAUUACAAUCUUACUAUUUCACUAAAGUUUUCAGAAAAAAGGUUUAUAAGAUUCCAACUGAUGAUGAAAUCAAAUUAGAGAUGGACUCUUAUGAGGAUUACAAACAUCAACAUAAAACAGUAAGUCUUGCAUUGCAAAGAAUCUUUUACAGAUUACAAACUUCCAAUGUCGCAAUAAAUUCACUAGAAUUGACCCAUUCAUUUGGCUGGACCACCGCAGAUGCGUUUACUCAACAUGAUGUUCAAGAGCUGAAUCGUAUUCUGAUGGAUCGGUUGGAAACCAAGAUGAAAGGUACUGAAAUUGAUGGUUGCUUGAAUGAUAUAUUUGUGGGUAAAAUGAAGAGUUUUAUUCGUUGUGUGAAUGUUGAUUAUGAAAGUAGCAGGACCGAAGAUUUUUGGGAUAUCCAACUGAAUGUUAAAGGCUUGAAAGACAUAAAAGAAUCAUUCGACAAUUAUGUUGAAUUAGAGCUUCUUGAUGGUGAAAACAAAUAUGAUGCAUCUGGUUUUGGUUUGCAAGAUGCUGAGAAAGGUGUUAUCUUUGAAAGUUUCCCUGAUGUAUUACACAUUCAGUUGAAGAGGUAUGAAUAUGAUUUUGAAACCGAUAACAUGGUUAAAAUUCAUGACAGGUAUGAGUUUUUUGACGAAAUAGAUCUUAAGCCCUAUCUAGAUAAAACAUCGCCUGGUUAUGAGGAUGAGAACUGGAACUAUAAACUACAUUGUGUGUUGGUCCAUCAAGGUGAUGUUUCCGGUGGCCAUUAUUAUGCCAUGAUCAAGCCAACCGAAAAGGAUGAGUGGUAUAAAUUUGAUGACGACAUUGUUACAAGGGUGACUCCAUAUACGGUUUUUGAAGAUGGUUUUGGAUGUGGUCCUCCAAAAAAUAUUGACAGGUCAAUGACCAGGGAAGAAUACCAAAACUACAUUAUAAAACAUCAUACUUCUGCUUACAUGCUAGUUUAUUUUAGAGAAUCUAAAAUUCCUCAUGUAUUAGCUGAUGUUGAAGAAGCUGAUGUUCCAGAACAUGUUAAGCAACAAAUUAAAUAUGAGAAUCAAGAAGAUGCCAAAAUUAAAAAGGAAAGGGAAGAAAUGCAUCUCUAUAUAAACUUCAAAAUCUUCACAGACGAAACUUUUGCGAAGUACCAAGGUUUUGAUUUGGGUCCAGAUGAAGAUAAUCUACAACACUUCAAUGAGGAUCUGUUUGAUGAUGGCUCUUUCCCAAUAAAACUCAAGUUAUUGAAAACUCAAGCUUGGGAGUCUAUUUACGAAACAAUUUGCAAAUUUUCCAAUAAAGAUCCCAAAGUUUUCGCAAACAAACUCAGACUUUGGAGUAUAACAAAGAGAUCGAACAAUACUUACAGACCCGAAAGACCCAUUGAAAGUAUGGUUUCAGAUAUCGAUAAUCAAACAAUUGAAAGCAUUGCCUUAUUACUUGAAAAUGGUACCUCGAGAAGAAAAUAUGCGGGAAGUAAUGUUCCAGUUGUUCUGUCCCUGUAUUUGGAGGAUGCUUGUAGGGAUUUGAAAUACUUGGCUAGCCAAUGUGGGGGGAUUCCUAAAGGUUUGCAGGAUUAUGAAGAGCGGUUAGAGUCUUUGGUCAUUGUUGCCAACAAAAAAUGCGAUGCCUCCUUAGAACCAAUUGGGGAUGAUUCCAACAUCCUCAUAAUGGUCAAGUUAUUUGAUCAAAGAAAACAAACUUUAAAAGGGGUGUCACACAUAGUUCUUCCAUCUGAUGCAAAGAUUGAUUUUAUAGCCAAGUUCUUACAACUUGUUUUCAAUGUCGACGAUGGAGAGCAGAUAUCUUUUAUUGAGGAAAUAAGCUUCUCCCAACGAGUUAGAGUUAGAACCGAUUUAUCGUUGUAUCAGAACGAAAUCAGUUCUGGUGAUAUCGUCUGUGCGUCAUUUGACGACGACCAAGAUAAAGAGUUACAGUUUCAAGAUGCUGAAAGCUACUACGCGUUCCUCGAGACAAGAGUACAUUUUUACAUAUCGCCACUGAAACGCAUAGAUGAAGAUGAAGAAGAUUUUGUGUUUGUUGAAACUGACCCUAGUAAAGUUGCUGCAUCUGACUCAAUUAUUGACAUAUGGAUAUCUUCGAAUUCGUCGUAUUUGGAUAUUUGCACUUUUAUUGGCAAGGAAGUGGGUAUUUCGCCAGAAUAUAUCAAACUUUCCGUUCUUUCCAAUGGAAACAAGACAGAUCUCAAAUCGGAUUUCAACUUUUCCACAGCUCUACAAGGCUUUACUAAAAACUCGGCAUUAAAGUUAUACUAUGAGACCCUGAAUAUUCCUUUAAAAUCAUUUGAGAGCAUGCAGUUAUACCGCAUUUACUGGGUUGGAAAUGGUAUCUGUAAGGAGGAGAAACAUGACUUUUAUCUUCCCAGCUCAAGCACCCUCGAAGACGUAGUGUCAAAACUACAGAGUAAAUUGAAAUCAGAGAUUGAUCUUAAUGCUGUGUUUUGUUGGGUCCCUGAUCGUCAACACAAAAUUAAAAGGAUAGUAAAACUCGAGGAUUCCAUUGACAACCACGAUGUUUUAAUUGUUGGUUUGUUCCCACAAUAUAAAGAGUUAUUCUUUAAUGAUAGUAGAGAUGUCAUUUUAAUUGCUGGUUUUCAAUGUUACUCUUCAAUUGAAAACACACAUGGUUUGCCAUUUGUGUUUGAUCUUGUCAAAGGUGAAAAAUUACCAGAAACGUAUGUGAGGUUGCAUAAGUUAUUAGGUUUGUCUGGAAAGGAAUUUAAUUCCGCUAGAAUUGGAAUCACAAACUCCUCAGUCGUCGAAUUCAUCGAUAAGAACAACCCAGCUUCUAAUUCCAUAGAGCUUUUUAACUAUUUUGAGAAUGGCAAGUAUAUGUUGGUCAUCGACCACUUGGAUCGCAAAGGAAGACGGUCGUCUCAUCAUUCAUCAAUUAUGAUCAGAUAG